AUGGUAUUGCUGCACCUCGAUACUUAUUUCUUCAAACCCAUCACCAUUCCUCCGCUUAUUCAAGGAUCAAUGCAUAUGUUUCUUCACUGUUUAGCAUUGCCUUUGCUUUUCCAAGCAUCUACUCCUGCGGUAUUACAACUUAGUGCGCUUGACCUUGGUAUGGGGCAGCAUGGUAAGAUAUUGAAGGUUUAUCUGCCUCAAAAGCUUGUCACGAUUUUGUUCCUUUUGGACAAGCAAUAUUGUGCAUUUCGCUUCAUUCUGCUAACCAGGAAAGCACCCCAAGAGCGACGCUCAGAUUUUCUUUAAAUUUUGCACACACGUCGGGCAUAGACUAGAUGCUUUGCAGGCGCUGCCGUACUCUCUCGGUGGCAAACGACCUUUGCCAUCGAGGGAGUACGCAAAACGCGGAGAGCGGUCAGAGACAAAAGGACUUUUUGGUCAUAAGUUUGCUAGUUUCGCGCGGAAAAAAUUUAUUUUUUGUGGAAAAAUUACUCUCAGCAGGUGAAUUAGGUAUGAAACUUUUCAUGUCAAAAUUUGGCUAAAAUGUUGUUUUUUCAAAGCGCGAACUAGGAUUCUGGCAUAUAUCUUAGAAAAAAGAUAUCUAAAAAAUUUAUGCCAAGUUUCAUCAAAAUCUAUGCGUCGCACUUGGGGUACUUCCCCUGUAAGCUUUAAUUUGCGAAAACUUGAUUGUUUCAGCUCGAAUACACCUCGGAACGAAUAGGAAAGACAUACUACUCGAUGUCACACUAAAUUCCCCGAGCAUUUUCUUGCAAGACGCUGAUUGCAACAAUACGUAUGGUGUCUGUCAAAAUUAUUGUAAUCAACGUAUGGCUUCUUCCAUUUUUUAUUUCCUGCGGUGUUUCAACGCCGGGGCUACAAUUCCAGAGGUCAUGUGGUGAAAAAAUGCAUUCAAAUAAGUUCAGAAAUGUCUUACUAAAUAUGUACUAAUUUUAAUCCAUUUUGGCCGCAUGACUAGGGCCGGAAUUGUACAUAGAGGGUGUUCCAAGGAAUUAUCCAGAAAGUAUUUGCAAAUAUCUUUGUGUUAUUUGCACCUAUAUGUGCAAGGAGUUCAAACCGUGUUUAGAAUUCGAAGUCGUUUGUUUUUAGAACACGUGAAAGACUUUUUUUCUCGCGUCGGCCGUAAGACCAUUUUUCGGCGGAGACAUUUGAGGUCUUAGUUGAAAUUUACAUCUUUUUGCAAAGCCCAUGCGUCUUUACAAUAGACUAAAUCAGGUUUGUCACAUCAGGCAAAGAUACAACCUGUUAGUUUCCACAGCUUUUUCGGACGUUUCACAGUGUCAAAAAUAUGGGGAUGUGGCAAAGGGACUGCGAAACAUCAAAGACAACUUAUUUUUUAAGUCAUACUUCCUUCGGCGAAGCAAUCAGCGCUGGAAUAUAAUACCAAAGAAGGUAUUAUAUUCAGAUGAGAAAAAAAUUUUCAAUCCGAUUUACGAAAGCCAAUCUCUCAGCCGAAUCUUCGCUAAUGCGCGAAACAAUCUCAUAAAUAUAUUCGCAAAAAUGUACUUGGUGGGAUAUCUUGAAACACCCUGUAUAAUGCCACUAGAAAGUUGACAUAAGCUCCAUUUUCCAGCAGAGUUUUGUAAUAUCUAUUGCAAUCCGAUAUGCUGCAUAAGCGAAGAGCAACGAACGAAAUUCUGCCUAAACAUCGACCCAUAUUUCGACGCCUACGAACACAACUCGACCGAGUUCCGGGUAACUGGCCAAUACUUCAGAACCGAGGCUGGAGCUGGGGUUUGGGCUGAGGACCUACUUUGGCUUAGCAAUGGCAAAAGUGCAAUUAAGAGCGUCGGUAGGGUACCGAUUGCCCUUCAGGUCGUACGGAAGGAAUUUUCUAGACGGAGAGGCAAGUAAGUAUUUGCAGAGCCAACAAGAAAUACACUAGAGCAACCCCUUGGGCUAUCCGCAACAAUUCUACAGGGUGUUCCUAGAAUUAUGGGAAAAACUAUUCAUUAAUAACUUUGUGCUCGGUGGUCCAAUCCAAAAAAUUUUUUUUGCAUUUUACAGGAAAACCUUUGAGUUUUUAGAAUCAAGAAAAAAAAAUUUCAUUGAUCGGCAGAGACUCCGGUAAUCCUCCUUGAAUUCGGCGGAGUGCUUUUUUCACAAACGAGGCUGCAAAUUGUUGCAUGUGUGAAGUAAAUGGGCGGGAGAGGAUUCAAUAGAUACAAUAUGACAUUUGUUUCAAAUUUUUUUCAUUCGGCGGAGACAUUUUUUAACCUCGGCGGACGAUUUUUCUUCGACUUUUGAGAGUCAAAAUUGGCUAAAACCAAAACGUAGGUAUUCCUGGUGGCAUGGCGCCUAAAUACGACUUAUUACGUCUUUGGCCUACUGAGAGAAGAAAAAAGGCAGUUCGGCGGAGAAAUCGGCGGAGAAAAAAAUGAACCCAUUUUACAGCCUCGUUUGUGAAAAAAGCACUCCGCCGAAUUCAAGGCGGAUUGCGGAAGUCUCCGCCGGUAAAACGAAAAAAUCUUUUUUGAUUCUAAAAACUCCAAGGGUUUUCUGCAAAAUGCAAAAAUUUUUUUUCGGAUUGGACCACCGAGCACAAAGUUAUUAACGAAUAGUUUUUUCCAUAAUUCUUGGAACACCCUGUACUCUAACCGAUUAUUUUUAGUGGGCUGUUUGGACUGGGAAGAGAGCCACAAAAGAACGGCAUUGUCCAUCUUCUCCAGCGACGCAACCACAUUGAUAAUGCCCUUGUCACAGUGGCUUACCGUGGCUACUACAAUAUGUACAUCCUAGGAGAGUUCAAUGAGAGAUACUGCAGCAGGGACAGACAAACGGUCAACGUUGUGGGAGAUCGUCUUUGGAUGUUUGAUGCAAGGCAAGCAGCGUUUCUGAACUACAAGUCAGAAGAGCACAAUUUUAAAAUUCUUCUGGAAAGCGAAACCAUGACCCAGAUGCCUCGAGAGAUUCUACGUUUGCUUCAAGAAACAGGAAUAAUCACCCCAGAUUAUAGAAAAGGCAUUGUCCGUCCGAAUUACUUCGCAAUCAACCCAGAGCAUCUGAAUGACACAUUUGAAUUCUUUUUCAAGCUCAACAAGGAUCUGACUUUAUUCUCCGAUUUAGCAUCUAUUGAUAUCUCCAGGUACUAUUUUCCGGACGUUGAUACAGUAGUAUUUCAAGCCGCCGCUCUCGACCCAAACCCCGACAGAGUGGAAUGGGUUGUUGGCAGAUUUGUUUUAUUGAAAUACUGCGCCUUCCUUGACUACAACCAAAACACGGUCGGUUUUUCACCGGUGAUACCUCCAACUCCAUGA